UACGGGCAAUCCAACAUGGCCGCGCUCAUGUAGCGCAUUGCAGCAUAUGCAGCGCCGUCCGAUGUAUGGCACCAAGUCGCGAAAUCUCCAAUGACAGCCUCGCUCCCCUUCGUGCAAAGACUUCUUCUUUGUCCCCAAGCAGCAUUUCGUCGCGCUUACAGUAAGUCAAACGCGGAUGCCACCGAGCGACUGCUCAAGAUCAUAGAAAGCAUGCCGAAAGUGCCGACCGCUGCCAUACAACUGAGAGCACAGCGCAUCAAUGCCAAGGCCAAGAACGCCAAUAAACCAAAGCCUCGACCGUCCGAAAUAUCGCUGUGGGUCCUCGGAAAUGGGGGACCGGCAAACCCCCAGUCUCUCUACGUCAGCACCGAUCAAGGGAGAUACCUUUUCAACUGCGGAGAGGGUACGCAGAGGCUGGCGACCGAGCACAAGAUGAAGCUGUCCAAGUUGGAGCACCUCUUCUUUACCCACAAUAAAUGGAAGAACAUUGGCGGGCUCCCUGGGCUGGCUUUGACGGUGCAAGACAUCGGAGUACCGGAAUUCUUUGUCCACGGCCCAGCGAACAUGGAGCAGCUGUUCGAAAUGACCAAGGGAUUCAUGAUGCUGCAGAACAUAACGAUAACCAAGCGAAACCCAUCGGACAAGGUGUUUUCAGACAAUUGCAUGGAGGUUGUCUACGUCCCUUUGUUCCUGGACGAAGCCGUAGAUUCUUCUCAAACUGAUGAAAAUGGCGCUAAAAGGCCAAGGAGAUGUUCGCAAGAUGACCCUGACAGUGCUCCUGUGGUUGCCUACAUCUGCAAGCCUCACAGCAGACCGGGCCAGUUGAACUUGGAGAAGUGUGUGAGCUUCGGUGUUCCACCCGGCCCUCUGCUGGGCGAACUGAAGUCUGGUCGAGAUGUGACACUUCCUGAUGGCACAGUUGUCAAGUCACGUGACGUGGUGUCACCUGAAGAAGCUGGCCCUGUAUUCAUAGUCGUCGAAGUCCCUUCCGAAGACUACCUGCAGUCACUGCUGGAAGCCGAGCCGUUCAAAAGCCACCAAGUCACGGCCAGCCGAGAGGAGCACGCAGCCAAGGUGGUCGUCCACUUCACCCCAUCGUCUGUCAUGAGGCACCCUUUGUACAUGGAAUGGAUCAAGAGGUUUCCUGCAAGCACGACUCACCUGGUCUUAAACGAGUGCGCCAGCUCUCUGAGCAGCAUUGCGCUUCAUCGAGCACAGCAUCGCCUCCAUCUUCUCAGUUCAUCCAUAUUCCCGCUGCUGCAUAUAGAGGAAUCUUCUGGUCUCCCCAAGGAGCUUGCCGAACUGAACUGCAUUGUAGGCGAGACGUUGUUAAGGUACAAGCUUCGGCCAUUAUACGGACUUCAGAGGGACUCGGUUGUCUGCGUGGACCCAGAGGCCUACGUGGAGGAGGCCCACUGCAGUUGUUACGGCUUUACCAAGAAGCUGGAAGAAUUGAAGGCUGCUGCAGCAUCGAAGAAAGAUGAAGCAGCUGGCAAGCCCUCUCACCCGGAAAUCCUGUUCCUCGGUACGGCGUCUGCGGUUCCCGGAAAGGACCGCAACGUCAGUGCCAUUCUCAUCAAUGUCAG